AGAAAGGUGGCUAUAAUUACAGGUAAAUGUGGUAUUUUAAUGCUGCAUCUGCUAGCGAAAUGCUUACCUUAAAACUAAUGGGCUAAGCACUUGUUACAGUAUUACGAAACUUUAUGUUACGAUAAGACUUGUUGCUAUUUGUGACAUUCUGAUUCCCCCAUCUUUCUGUGUUGUACCAUAUUAUCUAUAGUAACAAAACACCUACCGGCCUCCAUGCUCAUCUUUUGUUUGGACUCACUAAGGUCCUUGGCAAUCUCAACCCUGUAAGUGUGAAAAUGUGGGGGUUUUCGUCACAACAUUCAAGUCAAGUGAACAUACUACUGCACAGCUCCGGACGGCUGUCAGUGUCUUCUGUAGAAUAUGGUGGAGCAAGUUCAGGAAUCGGAAGAGCGACAGCUAUUUUGUUUGCAAAACUGGGAGCGUGUGUUGCUUUGGUUGCUCGGGAUAAGUCACGAUUGGAAGAAACUCGACAAGCAUGCAUCCAAAUAUCUCACCCUGACGUUUAUGAAAAGCACAAAGAGCCUUUUUUGUGUAUUGAGGCUGAUUUGGCUGAACCAUGUGAAGUUGAGAAAGCAUAUCGAUUGGCAAUAAAUCACUUUCACCAACUUGAUAUAUUGGUAAAUAACGCAGGAUAUAUGAUAAGAGAUACUGUCGAAAGCUUUAAUGCUACUGAAUAUGAACACAUAAUGAAAGUGAAUGUAACUGCUGCGAUUACCUUAACUAAUUUGGCUAUCCCAGAUCUUGCUGCUUCCAAAGGCUCCAUCGUCAAUGUAUCUAGUGUCUGUGGAAAACGUUCAUUUCCUGGAGUAAUGUCUUAUUGCAUUAGCAAAGCAGCGUUGGACCAAUUCACUAAAUGUACUGCAUUAGAUUUAGCUCCAAAAGGAAUCCGAGUAAAUAGUGUCAACCCAGCAGUUAUUGUCACUGAACUGCAUCGUCGAUCUGGAAUGUCUGAAAAUGACUAUGAGAAGUUUCUUUCAAGAGCCAACGAAACACAUGCUCUCGGACGAACCGGAACUGUGGAAGAAGUGGCUCAAGCAAUAGCUUUCCUUUCGAGUUCUGCUUCUUCCUUCACUACUGGUAAUUUGCUAAUGGUUGAUGGUGGUCGAUCUAUCAUGUGUCCACGCUAA